GUUCUGGUUCUGAACCCAGUCUGGUCCAGUUGAUUCUUCUAUGUUUCACCAGAUUCUGACACAUCUGACUAAAUCAGAUUUACUGAGUAGUUCUGAAAGCAGGUGUGGAUCAAUGCUCGGUACCAGAUGCCCCGAGCUAGACGGCACCACUGGGUCCCAGUAAAAAAAAAAGCCCGUUCCACCGCCUCGAUUUGGUUCCAGGAGCGUUCUUCAGGACCAGCCCAGGUUCUCCAGAUGUGUGCCGAAGGCUGGGUCCAGUAGGCAAACUGCUUUGUUAAAGUGGGACCACUGAGCUGAACCCCACUGAAGGCCCGGUUUGAACAAGUCUGGACCUGCAGUCCAAAGCACCUUAAAUAAAUCUGCAAAAGGUGCAGCGCAGCGGUUCUGAAGAUCCAAGGCUUCAUGGAAAGCUGUCAGCGGUCAGAACCCAGAACGAUUCUGGUCAUUUCUCUAAUGGACCUGAGCUCCAGGCCGGUUCUGCUGCAGCAGGAGAAUCCGACCAAUCAGCUGGUUCCUCUAUGACAUCACUGGUACCAGCUCCGUGGCUGCAGAUGUGCAGCAUGCACCACAUCUGGUCACUGGUGAUUAUUAUUCUGAUCCGGUCGGUUCUGUUCUGGAAUAUCCACUUUGCAAACUGUUAGUUGUGAUUGGCAGGUGGGCCAGCCAAUCAGGUUAAAGUUCCAGCUUACGUAAUGUGGCUUUAGCGCUGCCAGAACCAGAGUCAGAACCACAUCUGGACCCGAUCAUUCAGAUCCAAAGCACUCAGCUGCUGUGGUUCUGUUUCACAUCAGAAGCGCCGCAGACAGAACAUCUGGAACAUCAUGAGUUCUGAUGCUGGUAAUAGUUUCAUUUGUUUGAUCUGAAAUGUUCCCCUAAACAAACGUCUAGACUUUACCCUCGGUCCAUCAACAGCUGGACUCCCAGAACACUUCCAGAACCUUAAAAGUAAAGACUCACUCCAGAACCACGGGCUCCUGGCCCAGAUUUUGAUCCACUAUGUUCUUCUGUCCCUGGAUCAGACCCUCAUGGGACUUCUCUGGGUUCUGACCCAGGAUCCACUGGGUCUUACUUUGUUUUUCAGUUCCAGAACCAGCUGUGGUGCUGCUGGUGCAGCAGCUGCAGGCGUCCAGCAGGGGGCAGCAGGAGCUCUGGUACCUGCACCGGCAGCCUCCUGCAGAUCACCCACCUGUAACCUUCCUGAUCGCUGCUGAUCACUUCCGGCUCUCCUCAUCGAUCCAUGGUCCAGGUGGCUCACAUGCACGCGCACAGACUGAGCCUGAGGAGCGCGCACCCAGCCGCCUUCAUCUGGCUCCUCAUAGACGGUUGGAGGGGGAAUCCCGGAGCGCGGGGGCGGGACCACAGCCUGGGCGCCUGAGCGCAGCACGUGGAGGCUCAGAUUCACCCGGACCGGGACCGGGACCAGGACCAGGAGCUGAACCAGGACCAGGACCCGCACCCGGACCAGAACCAGGACCAGGACCGCGUCCUCAGGUCUGCCUCUGUGCGCUCACGCUUGUAGCGGGUCCGCAGCGCGUCGGGUGCGCGCCUCCUCCUCUGGUGGAGCCGGAUGGCUGCUGACCUGCACUUCUAACCGCUGUUAACGGGAAACUGUCGCUUUCAUCACUUCCCAAGACGCGCACGUCACACGAAGGCAUAACGCACACAUCUGGAUUAAAGCGUCAGCUGAUCCUCUGACGUCAUCAGGAGCGAAGAUGUGAGGGGACGCUGUCAGGUCUCUGCUGGCCUGCAGGGGGCGAUGGCGGGCUACAACAGCCGUGACGUCACAGAAGGCUUUCUGCGCCACAAGCUGCUGGACCGGGGCGUGGCCUGGCGUUUCCCACCCCCUCCCAGCCAGACAGAUGUGGCAUCACCGGUACCACAGAGGCCGGAGGAGGGCGCCGGGCCGGACCGGCUGCCUCUGGCCCGGCUGCCUCUGGACCGGCUGCUGGCGGCGCUGCAGGGCGCCAGCGACGAGCUGGAGGGGCGUUACCACAGCGAGCUGCACGGCCAGGUGGUGGCGCUGCAGCAGCAGGACGUCAGCGGCGCCGCCACCUGCCGCAGCCUGGAGCUGGUCCGGGAGGUGCUGUUCAGGGAUGGCGUGAAUUGGGGACGCAUUGUGGCCCUGAUGACGCUGGGCGGAGCUCUGAGCACCGAGGCGGCCCAGACGGGCCAGACGGGCCAGGUGGACCGCAUCGCCGCCUGGAUGGAGGAGAGUCUGGAGACGCUCCAGGGAUGGAUCCAGGACAACGGAGGAUGGGAGGCCUUCGUGGAGCUGUACGAGUCCAGACCUCCAGUCACGAACUGGACCCCCGGUUCUGUCUUUGGACUGGUGGUUCUGGGAGCAGCUUUUGUCACAUUGGGACUUCUCCUCGCUCAGAGAUAGGACCUGCUAGACUGGACCCAUCCCACCAGAACCUGCGUCAGAUCCAGACCCGCUAGACUGGACCCAUCCCACCAGAACCUGCAUCAGAUCUGGACCUGCUAGACUGGACCCAUCCCACCAGAACCUGCGUCAGAUCCAGACCCGCUAGACUGGACCCAUCCCACCAGAACCUGCGUCAGAUCCAGACCCGCUAGACUGGACCCAUCCCACCAGAACCUGCGUCAGAUCCAGACCUGCUAGACUGGACCCAUCCCACCAGAACCUGCGUCAGAUCCGGACCCGCUAGACUGGACCCAUCCCACCAGAACCUGCGUCAGAUCCAGACCCGCUAGACUGGACCCAUCCCACCAGAACCUGCGUCAGAUCUGGACCCGCUAGACUGGACCCAUCCCACCAGAACCUGCGUCAGAUCCAGACCCGCUAGACUGGACCCAUCCCACCAGAACCUGCGUCAGAUCCAGACCCGCUAGACUGGACCCAUCCCACCAGAACCUGCGUCAGAUCCGAACCCAUCUGGAUCUCCAGCUUCUUCCAUCACAAAGGAACGGUUUCAAAAUAAAAGCUUGGGUUUUAUUUUGAAAAGUGACUCACUGUUCAGUAAUGAUGUCAUGGCAGAACCAGAACCAGAACCACCAGAACCAUCCACAGCACCAGAACCAUCUCAGGGCCAGAAUCAAUGGACUGCAGUCCUUGUGUAGAACCGGGUUAACUGUGCUGGCCCGGUUUCUGUUCAGCACCGACAAAGACUGGAUCAAUGAAAUUGUCAGAACCAGUACAUUAAAACUUUUGGACCAAGGUUCUUAUCAUUAGCAGACAGAAAAGUAUUGAAGAUGUUGAAAUGGAUCAGAACCAAAGCUGGAGACAGCAGCAGGAUGGUUUUAUUUAGCAGAACCUCUGACUGCUGGGAGCUGCUUGGUACCGGGUCAGCACUCCUGAAAUCAAACAUAUUAUACCAUAACCACACGGUCUUCAGCUCCUUCAGAGAGAACCGGUUCUGCUCCAGAUUAAAAGGAGGUUCUGCUGAUUUCUGUGGUUCUGCUGUGGUUCUGCUGUGGUUCUGUCUCCACCUGGUGGACGACAUGAAGAACUACACAGCUUACUUAGCAGAAACCUAAAAGCUUCGGCUGGGUUUCUCUGAGGUUCUUUGGCAGCUCUGUGGGUUCUGCUGUGUUCUCAGCAGAUCCAGCUAAGCUAACUGGGUCAGAACCCGUCCAGCAAUCGUAAAGAUUAAUUUUCUUCUUUUUUCUACUAUUAACAUUUUGUUUAACGCCUCAUUAUUGGACCAGAUGAUGGCUGGGCUUCUCCUGAAGUGGCAGACGGUUCCGUUCGAGGAUUCUGCUCCAGUUUAAUUCUGCAGAACCAAAUCACAGCAAACCUUAAAGAACUUUACAUUCAGACCAGUCCAGUUAUUUCCAGAACCUUUCAGUCCAUCGUCCCUGCUGGGUGGAGGGGUAAAGGAACCGCCCCAUUUGGGUCCAACCGGCUGGUUUCCUGAGGCAGGCGGUACUGAAUGGUUCUGCUGGGUGAACCGGACUGAAGGCCUAAUUAAUGUAUCAGCAGAUAAACAGAACCAAAUGACCCGAUGCAUGCAGCGGUUCCCCAUUCUGCUGGUUCUGAUGUCCACCAAGCUCUGGAAGCCCAAGCUUUUAGAGGCGGUUCCACACCGGAUCCGUCAAGAUGUUCUCCUCUUCAGCACAGAACCGGUCAGGAACGGGUCGGAGCGUUCCUCCUCGUCAGCAUCUGGAGAUGGAUUGUUUGGUUGGAAACGUCCUGAAACGUUCUGCUGGGCGUUAGAGAACGGUGUGAACCCGUCAGUCUGCUGAUCCACUGGAGCGGUUCUGCUCCCAGCAUCAAGUCCAGUUUGACUCCAGAGAUGUUCCACAAAUCCAUGCUGAGAACAGAACACCAAGAACCUUCCCAGCUCCAAGAGAACCAGGUGGAUAAUUAUCCAGUUUGUUUUUCACUGACUUCUGAGGCGCUUAGCGGAACCAAAGCUUGUUAAUUCAGAAUAAACCCAGAACGAUGCUAAAAUAACGCGGGUUAGAAAAUAAACCAUAAAUUCUCUGGAAAGGAUUAGAAAGUGGCCUCAUGGGGUUUGACUGUAAACCUCUUUAAACCGAGACGUUUUAAAAGUCUUUUUAAAGUGGAUUUUAUUUUUAUGGUCAGAUCAGCAACUAGGCUGAUUUAAAUAUCAGUAGAGAACCAACACACUGAAUAAAAUAUAAACUGUGUGACACAAAGAAAUAAUAAUAAUAAUUAUUAUUAUUAGCUUUUGAAGGCAGUAUAUAACAAGGUGGUCGUUUUUAAGAUGAUUUAAAGUUCCUGCAGACCUCCCUGAGGAAGGAAAAAGGUUCUGUCUGGUCCCAACCCGAGUCCUGGAAACAACCUCGAGCUUUUGGUCUAGAGAUCUAUGAGUUCUGCUGGGGAACACUGAUAAAUCCCCCCCCCCCACAGACUACCUGGACUGUCUGCACCAUCUUCUGGUCUGGUCGUUGCUGCCAGGCCUCCUGCCUGCAGAGACUUUCUGUUCAUGUUCCACACAGAACGUUUCUGUACAUAGAAAAUGUGUUUUUUUGCUUUGCUGCUACGUUCCUGACAAAGAAGAAAUGAUAUUAAUGUUUCACUCUUCUGUUUUCACCUUGAGCCUUGCAGCCAAACUCAAAUGUAAAGAGUGAAUGUGCAGCUAAAUGACAAUAAAGUGUUUCUAAGUUGA